AGGAGAUCUUUUUUGUGCAAACUUUGAACUUAUCAGAUCGACACAAUGGCGAUAUUCAGCGUCAGAUCUUGCCUGCCUGUUCUUGUUGCCUAUGUCAUCGUCAACAUACCGCUCGUUCAAGGUCGGAGUCUAAGACGACGACACGGACAUCAUUCUCAUUUGAAUUAUUACAAUUUCGAGGAAUCGCUGCCACGAGAUUUAUCGGGUCGACGUCUCGACGACGAUCUCGAGUACUACCAUGAUUUUCAAGGACGGAAGAAGAGCCGCGAAUAUCCUCAAGUCCUGGAUCGUUCCUUGGCGUACGGGGAGGACUCGGAGGAGCGAGUACCAAUGUCCUUCCAUCGAUACAAGCACGAGUACGAUUCGAGAGAUCGCGGGUCUUUACGAAAGGAUUUUCCGCGCAAGCACAACGACUUUAACGCGCUCUCGAUGAGAUUCGUCGCUAGGAGAAAACGUCACAACAAAUUUGGGACUGUCGCGAGCUAUCACAGAUUCAAUCCGAGAGACGUUACCUGGCGAUUCGAGGAUGAACUUAGGGUGCAAGAAAAAGUUUUCGAGCUGGAAGUGAAGCAGGCGCAGAACAGCUCCAUUUGCAACUACACCGUGGAGUCGAUCCCGGACACCCGCGGUACCCGGGUACCGAAGGAUCUGGAGCACGUGAGGUGCAAUCACAUCGGCAGCAGCUGUCAGGGCACCGGCACUUAUUGCUGCAUACAGACUUACAGGAACAUCGAGGUAUCUUACGGCGACGGCGACACAGAGACAAUGAAGCUCUACGUUGGUUGCGUGUGUGCCCUUCAGGUCUUCGAUAGUAUGAUGGGCUCGGAGAUAUCCAUCAGCGAUUGACACCGAGAGCUCGCUGGGAUCACUCGGGGGAGAGACUGGGGAGCAGUGACGAUUCGCUUCGGUGAUGAAUUCGCCACGGUGGCGACGAUCAGUGGCGGUGAUCUUCGAACCGGCGCGAAUCGAGCGAGACGCGUCUUCGAAGGAGAGACGGCGAUUGAAACGAAGCAAAAAAAAAAAAACGCAACUGUGCUGUCGCGAAUGAUGACCUUGCAAUUGGCAAUCCGUAGACGAACGGACAUCUUCCUUUUUUUUCUCUCUUUACGCAGGAACUUGUUUGAAGAUUGCGUCUAGUGACGCGCGAAUACCGGGAACGUAAUAGAUUUACUUAAAACGUUUGACGUUGGAACGGUGACGGGGAGUUACGGAACUGCGGCGGGACGGUGGGAGGAGAAAGUUACAAAAGAGCGGAACCGCAGCGUGCGCGUACGAGCGCUCCAAGAUGGAUCUCUUCUCAGUUUUUUGCCCCCUUCGUUCCGAGACUUCGUUCGCAGUCGAUAAUAUACAUGCGUAGCCAACGAAAUCGCGAUCGUCCCUCCGACA